CGCCCAAAACAUAUCAAGCGUAACAUCACGUGAUCAAAACAAGAAUGGCAAGAAAUUGACAUUUAAAAGAGGAAGUGAAAUUUAAAUAAAAAUACAUUUAUAUUUGUGAUGUAACAUUCAAUGACAACUAUGGAUAAUACCACAUGGAAACCAUCUAAGAAGAAAUGUGGUGUUGCCAUUUGUAACUAUAAAGGGAGUGGGGCGAAAACUCUGCCAUUAUGUGUCGGAGAGCCAGUGCAAAUCAUAGAAGAAUAUGGCUCAGGGUCAACAGCAUGGUUCAGAGGUUCUUCUUUAAAGAACAAGGACAGAGAGGGUGUGUUUCCAGCAUGUCUAAUACAUAUAAAGCAGUGUGAUGUUGACAGGGAUGGAUCACAUGAUAUUGUGACUCCAAAAGAAGACAUAAUGGUGAGAGAAGUGGGCUAUGUUUUGCAUGAGUGGAAUGCUAUUUGGAAAGACCUGUAUGUGAGAAAUGGUGCAUUGUUUGAAAAGAUCAGAUCCAGUAUGGAAGAGCUGAUUCAUUUACGAGCAUUAUUAGUGGAUAAAAAACUUACAGAGGAAGAUGGCCGUGAUAUCAAAAGUGACAUUGUCAGUGUAAUAGACUGGGGAAAUGGACAGUUAGAUCUGGACUUGGUGCCUAGGAUAGAUGGUGAGCAGGUGGAUGCUGAAUUCUGUAGUCUCACUCAGUUAUACAGGGUACAUGUGAACAGUGCAAAAAUAGCCUUAGCUGAAAAGCCUAUAAGAAAACGACGGAAAACAUGCAAAGGAGAGGUGGCGCUAGAGGCUGGUUUGACGACCCAUCAUUUACUUGUUAGUUUCCGUGCUUUUCAAUGUAAUGUCGGAGACAAAACUGAAACUCUUCUAUCACUGUAUCAGAACAGAGACAACAAAUUAGUCUGCUUUACGGAGAAGUUUUUAGUGCGGCACACCAGAACCAUGGUACCAGAAGACAUGGAUAAGCUAUAUAACUACUAUGGUCUCUUCUCAGAUCUGAGCACAGAGGAAAUUGACAAAGAUUUAUACCUUGUUGCCCACAUAUACAGAAUAGGGAGUAUGAAACAUGGCCAUAAGUCACCAAAAGUUACGUUCAAAAGACCUUGGGCUGUUGGAGUUUUACCACUGUACAAAAGUGAAUUAACAGCUCUGAAUCUUGCAAGAUUACCGGCCAAUUUCAAGGAUUAUGAGUACCAAAUGAAGGUCACAGAUUGUCAUGACAACGAGGAAACAUUUGCAUCAUUACAUGAACAAAUCAUCAAGAAAUUAACCCCUGCAGGGAGUCAGGUUGACAACAAGGGCAAACAAGGUCCAACACUGACUGUAUCUCUACAAAUAUUACAUGGUGACCUAUCUACUGUAAAGAAGGAGGAUCCUAUGCUGUUCAGUAAAGGUGUUGCUCAGAUACAGAAACUUGGUUUUACAGAGGACUUAUCCCCAGUUACAUUUCGGGAACAUCAAAUGCAUGGUGAAGUCCGCAAUGACCUUUAUGUGACUUUGAAAUCUGCAGAGUUGGAUAGGGGGAGUAAAAAGUCUCAGAAAAAUGUCGAGGUCAAGAUUACAGUACUAAAUGAGGCUGGGAAAUUGAUAGAGAAUUGUAUAACAUAUGGUUGUGGAGAACCACCAGCUUCAGAAUAUCAUUCUUCUGUUCAUUACCAUAGCAACAAGCCAGAAUGGAAUGAAACCAUCAGGAUCUCUGUUCCCAUAGAUAUUUUCCCAGGAUCUCAUCUCUGUUUUGAACUCUUCCAUUGUUCCGUGUCAAACACCCAAAAAGAAAACAGAUAUCCGUACGGUUUUGCGUUUGUCCGAGUAACAAAUGAAGCUCAAAUUGUGAUCAAAGAUGAUCAGCAUGAACUCUGUGUUUAUAAGUGUGAUGAGAAACACCCGGUGAACAAGCAGCAGUAUUUCCAAUUACCAUUCCUUCUAGAUGAUCUCAACGACCCACACAAGAUACCACACAUUCCAAACAAACUUAUGUUCAAAGCCAAUGAGCGCGAAUCUCUAACCAUCUCCACCCUGUUGUGUUCCGGAAAAUUCACCCAAAAUGGUGAUCUACUAGGAAUAUUGAAUUGGAAAGGAGAACAGUUUUCCGGAAAGCUGGCAGAAAAUCUUGACAAGUUAAUCAGGAUGCAGGGCGAGGAAAUCGUAAAAUUUCUUCAUGACAUUAUGGAUGCGCUGUUUGAAAUGUUGAUGGACGACAUACAGUUUAAAAAGUAUUCAAACAAAAUAUUCCAGUGUAUGGUAAAUAUAUUUACACUGAUACACCAUGUACGGUUUGAAACGUUUAAACCUGUUCUAGAAAACUACAUAGCUGAUACAUUCUCCGCAACACUUGUACAUAAACCCCUUUGUGAUUGUUUUGCUGAACUGAUUGAUACUGCGUGUAAAGACGUACGGAAAACCAACACUCAACUUAUACAGUGCUUCCAGGUGAUGGACUAUAUAUUUAGAUUUGUUGUACAAUCACGUACAUUGCAAAGGAAGGACGUAUAUAGCCGAGGGUCAGGGGAUGCUGCUGAAUUCAGGGAAAAUAUUCACAAUGUGUUUGUUAGUAUGGGAACUUUACUGAAAGCCACUUCAAACAAUCUCAAAGGAUACCAGGUUGAGCUGCUGCACCAUUUGCACCUUGUAUAUUCACCAUUGAUGGAAACACUGCCUGAUAAAGACAUGGCCCAGUUUCUACAACGGACGCUUGAACAUAUGCCGGAUGUGACCGAUGUCCCUGAAGACAUCACGAGAGCUAAGAUAGAACUUCUACAGAGAACCAUAGCCACUAAACUCUUCUGUUCUGAUGAAUCUCGAGCUUUGUUGUUACCGUUCUGCCUGAAGGAGGUGAAGAAAUGUUACGAGCAUAAAAUACUGAUGAGAGUCGCCACGGAUCUUCUCUCCGAUGUCAUGGACUGUGUCUUCAAAAUGAAACAGGCUUAUGAAAAAACACGCUUAAUUGAUGUUGGGACGGUCAGUAUUAAAGAGGACAUACAACAUAUCAUUCAGACAAUAUUUGAUGUUGUCAUGGAAACCAUUCUUCACCUGAGAGACACGUUUGCAACAAAGGAUUCAUUUGACGAUGAAUCAGAAGCUUCUGUUUACAAACGAUCCAUUAAAAGACAACGUAAGCCACCAGCCAGGAGUAAAACGCACACUGGAUUCACCAUGAAAAAUGAGGCAGGCUUGAAUAGGAAACAAAGCCCAGGGCUUGAUGCAUUGGUAUUAACAUUACUUACUGUGAAUGAAGGGAAUGAGAAACCACCGAAAUCCCCCAAAUCCCCUCGGAGAAAAAUAUCCGACUCGAGUCAGAAUAGGAGUACAGUAUCGUUAGUAGAAUGGAUGAAAAGUCGUGGAAAUAUGAAGGAGCCUGAACCUGACGUUAACGAAGAGAAACAGCAGGCACGGUUAUCAUACGACGGUACCUUUGAUAGGCGGGAAAACCGGAAAUCUGAUGUCGACAUUACGAUAUCAGUAGAGAGACCGAUCGAAUGUGGCUCUAUGAUUGCGUGUUUAAUGGAAAUGUUACGUCUGAUGGAGAAAGAUCAUUACGAGGCAUUACUUCACGUGUACCAUCGUGGACGGGAACUUCACAAAUUCCUUAUGAACAUUAUAGAAGUAUUCCAAGUACUAGUCGACCCGAAAGUGUUCUCACCAGACUGGACCGUAAUGAGAAUGGUUACAAAUCAUGUGAUGUUCACAUCAAUGGCAGAAUUCUCCGAGGCUUUACAAAAUAAUUUUAUAACUGGAGACAAAUUUGACCACAGUUUAUGGUCGAGUUAUUUCCAGCUAGCCGUGUCAUUUAUUACACAGCCUAGUCUUCAGUUAGAUAGAUACUCUGAGGUGAAGGGUCUUAAACUACGUGAAAAAUACCAAGAUAUGCGAGUGUUAAUGGGUGUACAGGUUGAGGAGUUGUGGUAUGCACUAGGGGCUCACAAGGCUCAUUUUAUACCUGGAAUGAUAGGGCCGUUCCUGGAGCUCACACUUGUUCCUGAGGUGGAUGUACGCAAGGUCACUUUACCGGUUAUAUUUGAUAUGAUAGAGUGGGACCAGAAGAAGCAUGGCAACUUUAAACAGGUAGAGGCGGCGCUGAUAGAAAGAUUAGAUUAUUUUCUCACACAGAAACACACAGGAGAUACCCAGUACAAGGAUCUAUUUAAAAAAAUAUUGUUGGAAAGAGUACAUUCGGAGCCUGCCCUUCAUGAAAACGGGACGCAGUUCAUCAUCUCAGUAACACACCUUCUCGAGAGGCUGCUUGAUUACAGACAAGUUGUAGAUGGAGAAGAGAAUAGGGACAAGCGUAUGCACUGUACAUUUAACAUACUUAAUUUCUACAAAGAUGAGAUCAAUAGAGAAGAAAUGUACAUCAAAUAUGUCAACAAGCUGCAUGAUUUGCACAUGGUUGCUGGCAACCAUGCCGAAGCCGGGCUCACGCUGCAGUUGUACGCAAAGAUUCUCACAUGGAGUGACAACUUACUGCCGGAGGAGAUGAAAUAUAAACAGGAGAGAGAGCGGGAUAGGAAAGAAAUGCUGUACACACAAAUAGUCAACUGUUUCGAUAAAGGAAAAGUUUGGGAAUAUGCCCUGCCACUGUGUAAGGACCUAGCAGAAUACUAUGAGCGGAACCUUGAUUACAAGAAACUUGGUGAUAUACUGAAGCAGCAGGCAUCAUUUUAUGGCAAGAUUUUGGAGGGGGUACCAGGGGAAGAGCAAGGGGAACAAACAUUCUACCCCCGUCAGGACCCCUCUUACUAUAGAGUGUCAUAUUAUGGUCAGAGUUUUCCGGCAUUUGUUAGGAAUAAGCAGUUUAUAUAUCGUGGCGACGAGUGUCUGAAGUUGGCGACGAUCAUGAACCAUCUGACGGCUGAAUUCCCGUCUGCUCAGAUCAUGUCCAAAAAUGACCCGCCUACUGAUGAUGUCAUGAACGGAGACCAGCAAUAUAUACAGAUUUGUUCAGUGAAGCCUAUACCUCAAGAUCGGCCAGAGUUUCAUGGUAAAGAGGUGCCAGCAGAGAUUCGUAACUUCUACAAUUAUAACGAAGUUGAUACAUUCCAGUAUGAUAGACCAUACCACAGAGGAACCAAAGAUAACAAUAAUGAAAGCAAGACAUUGUGUAUUGAGCGUUCCAAGAUGAAGACAACAUACAAGUUUCCGGGUAUUUUAAGAUGGUACGAAGUGACAGAGACCGAAAUUGAAAUGUUGUGUCCGAUACGUGUGGCGAUCGACCAACUGAAGCAAAAUAACAGUGAACUUCAAAUCCUUAUCACCAGAUGUCAACUGAAUCCGAAACUUUUCUUCUCGCAAUUGGAAAUGAAGUUGAACGGAAACAUUGCAGCAUCCGUGCAGGGUGGAAUUGCUAAAUAUCAAGAAGCAUUUUUUACGAAGGAGUUUGAGAUGAGACACCCAGAUGAAGCAAUAUUCCUUGAUCAGAUGAAGUUUUUACUUCAUGAACAGGUGAAAAUGUUAAAAACGGGAAUGCAGAUCCAUGGACGUCUUGUGCCGGAAUCCUUGAGGCCAUUACAUGAGAGUUUGGAAACGGAAUUCAAAAAAAUGAAGAAAACAGUCACUGAGCUGGGCUCACAGUAUAAUUCCCAAGUGAGUUUAAGAAGUUUCGGGUCGGAGAGACCUUCAACUCCAGGGUCAAACAGCAGCAGUGGGAGGUCAUCAACAUAUUCACAAGAUGAAGAGACCUCGGGCGUGAUACAUCCGGGGGACUUGCCAUUUAACCUUGCUGCUCAGUGUAAGUCUAGACGGAGUUAUGUGCCCUUCCCAGAAGAGGGCAGCAGUGGUAUCCCUCCACCUGUCCCCUCGAGACCGCAUUCAAUGCUUCUUACAACUCAUGGAUUCUCUCAGAUGUCACCAGGUUUGACAAACAGCAAAGUUAAGACUGGAAGUGACCCUCUUAUGGGGCAAAAUGCAGGUUCUCCAAAAAUUCCUACUGGAAGAUUAAGCCAAUCGUCCUUAUCAAAGCAAAGACGUGAUACAAUAUGUGGAACAGGAGGUGAACUUAUGCCACCACUUCCAAACCGACGGAGACCUUCGGAGAAUCCUCAUACAUCAGACUUGGAUUCCCCGCUGUCACCCACAAUACCAACAUUCUCCUUACCUAACGGAGACGCACCAGCGUUACCAGAAAAAUUACGUGAUUCAAACAAACAAAAGAGUACUACAAAAGAAGUUCACACGCCUCCUAGCAGAUCGGAGAGACAAGUACCCCCGUUGCCACCGAGGAAAGGUUCCACAGAAUUAAGCCCUAAUGCCAACAUUAUGAGAAAUGGUGCGGAAGGUAUUGUCAGGCCAUCAGUGUUGUCAGUGCAAGGUGUAGCUAGGUCAGACUCAAAUUCCUCGAAUUCCCCCGUCACGAUACAUAAAACAAUCAACGAAGAAGCCGCGCCACCACCGAUACCAAGAAGAACAGAGAGGAAAUCACCUAUAACAAGUCCAAAAGUACUGGAAUUCAAAGAUAACCAUUCAACGCAAUUUUAACUUCAUGAACGUCAAUCAAACCAUGAGGGUUUGGGUUAAACGUUAUGAUAAGUGAAAUUCAUACAUGUACUUCAAUACCUGAAAACUUAGUUUAUUGCAUUCGAAGUAUUAUUUCCGAAAUCAUUUUCCAGAUUUCCAGUGUAUGCAUUUCACACAUCUUUGAGUGAUUUCGAAUGAUUUAAUGUGUAUAUUAUUUUCACUUAUAAAUAUAACCGAAGAAUUUGUACAAUUUGUCAAGUAUUUAUUAAAGAAUACAGAAUCAGUUAUAAGUUAAAGAGGGAUAUUGUUUAUAAGUUUUGUAUCUAUAUUCACUUCCUUUUCAGUAUAUUAUGCCUUUAACCUGUUGAAUUUAUUUUAGUAAUGAUUUUUGCCAGGCUACGAAUUUAGAACAGUCCAUUCAAAAUUUAAGAGAUUUUAUUAUUAAAAUACCACAAAAAAUUGAGCUACCAACAGUAUAGAGCACAGAUGUGCAGGCUGGCCUGGCUGUAUACUGGUGACAAAGGCUGAUUACAUUUGGUUCCAGCAGGUUAAGGGUUCGAGAAGUAAACGUUUACUGAAAUAACAUUGUAUGUCAUGGAACUGGAACAAAAUGGCUGUAUUUCAAAUGAUUUUCAAGCAUUCAACCUUUUCGUUCCCCAAAACCUUUCAUGUAUCAUUAAAGACAGUUGUUAGAUAUUUUUGAUAUUUUAUUUAAAAUGAAGCUUUAUUAUUGUGUAAAUAAUAGUUAAUGUUGUCACCUUAGUGCAGUAAUCGUUUAACUCCUUAUGUAAUUUAAUACGAGUUGAACCGUUACUUCACUAAGGUGACAAAAUGUAUGAAUUUGUCAGGAUUAUAUACAUUAUAUGUAAAUACGGACACAGAAAUUAUUGUAAUGAUGUUUUAUUUUAUGUACAUAUUGUUUAUACACUGAAAAGGAACAUGUAAUUACAUUAGAUUUUUUAUAAAGAGAUUUUGUUACAGA